AGGACGCCUGGGGGGAGAUUAUUCUGCAGGAACAACAUUAGAAUACUUGGCGAUGGUUGAUUUAAGGAAUUUAAGCCCUGACCCUCUUUUGAAUCGUCAGGAACGAGCGCAGUUACGUCGGAGGAGCAGCGCGAGCCGGUAUCGCAGCGAGUUUAUUGGGUAAAACCCCUCAUUAUUAAUCUGCUCGAUAUAGAGAAUAAUAACGCGAGAGUUUGCAAGUUGCCUCAAGACUGUAGUUGCAACUGUCAAGGUGGAGUGGAUACGCGCAUGACCCAACACACAUUACUGUAAUACUGUACACGGCCGCCGAGAUAAUAUCCGUAUAAAAAACCGAAAUAAUCCCGAGGUAAGGAACCGAGGACUCAUCCAAAACCGACCGAGAUUUCUCGCUUGUGCUUAUUUUCCUUCGCUUCGUUUCUUUUUACCCUAACCAACUGUCUCGCUGCCGUCGAAAUUACUGCACUAAACAUAUUUUUGUGCCUCCCUUUAGCUUCAGCCAGCGCAAGGAUUUUUUUUUUUUACUCCUCCUUCGUAAUAAAGUCGCCAUUUUGCUUCACUGCCUAUAUAAACCAUCCCGUAUUCUAAUAUUUUUCCUCAGAGGUCGGGGACCUACCUAUCUUUGCUGGCUAUUUCUGAUAUUUCUGGAGUGUUUAACGAGAAGACAGAGGUGGAAGAAGUGCCUCGUGGUAUACAUAUUAAUGCAGGAAAAGGAGGAGGAGAGGGGGGAAAGGCUAUUGGAAACUGGGAAUAUAAGGUGAAAGUAUCCAGGAUUUUUGUUCAUGUACAGACGAAUUUGUAAUUUCUCUUUUCCUGCCCUGCUCUUUUUUUCUUCCACCUCGUCGUCGGCUGCAGAGAUUGAGGGGGAAACCGGACGACGGUGACGGCUGUCCGCUUCCAUUCAGGCCCCCUCAACCCCAGUCUGACCGGUCCUUGACGCACAGCAGGUGUGAUUGCCAUGUAACAUAACAUUGGUGGAAAAACGCCCACUUAGGUGCCUGUCUCCUGACCCCCCCCUCCCCUCCUCCUCCUCCCCUCACGUGGUGACCCGGGGCCACCCUGCUCCUAGCUCUGGGUGUCUGCCCAACACUUCAGGCAUGGAGAGCCCAAGUGGCCCCAGGCUUGGGAAGCUGUCCUCAUCAGGGCUGCCAAGGGGCCGGACCCUCAAGCAUGGACAUCCCAGGAGCUGUGAGACCUCACCAGGCCCUGAAAACAACAACAAACAUAGUCCGGUGUGUGAUGAGCAAGCAGAGGGGAAGAGGAAAGGUCGCCCUAAAGCAGAAGUGCAGGAACUCCGAAGCAUCCCUGCCCAUAUGAUAGUACAAUGGAAGGAAGAGUUUAAGCGCCGCUCCAGGGUUAAGUGUCCGUGUUCAGGCUGCUGGUUAGAGUUUCCCAGCAUCUAUGGCGUCAAGUACCACUAUCACGCUGCCAGGGGGUGAGCCACUGUAGCUGAGAAGCUGAGUCACGGUUGUCCCUACUGUGAGCAGUGUUUGCCACAAGGUGCGCCUGCAGAGCACAAGCUAUGGAACCACCCGGAUAGAGUUAGCAUGGAGCCCAAGGACGAGCAGGCUAAGCUUCAAAAGAACCCUGUCAAGUUCAACAGCAAGAAAAGGCCCAUGGAGAACAGUCCCCCCUCUCCGGUGUUCUUCAAAGAAAAGACCCAAGAGGUGUCCACGCCCUCUCAGAACGGGGAGCGCCACCAGAGGGGCGAAAGGAAACAGCACAGCCACAGCCAGCCUUCACAGCAGAGUCACCAGGCCCAGCCGGUGCAGCCCCAGUCCCAGCAGUCGCAAUCCCAAAGCACGUCGUCUGACGCAGGGGGGAGCGAAAGCGAGGGGGGGAGCCUUCCCCCUUCAUUUCCUGAUGAAGAUCCGGAGGAGAAUGAGGCACACAGAAAACGCCCGAAGAAGUUCACCGGAGAGCAGCCUUCUAUAUCAGGAACAUUCGGAUUGAAAGGUUAAUUGAAGGUGGAGGAGAAGCUGAAGGCAGGUCGUGUGAAGAGAUCAGAAGGGAGUGGGGUCAGUGAGGAGCCCCAGAGGAGACCGACUUCAAGGCAGUCCUCAAAGAAAGACCCCGCCACAACCAGCUCUGGUGCUGACACCCAAUGGCAGCGAACGAUCUCGGAUCGAGGGGAAGUUGUGUGUCCCACCUGCUCAAUCGUCACCCGGAAAACAAUCCACGGUCUCAAGAAACACAUGGAGAUUUGUCAAAAGCUCCAGGACGCCCUGAAGUGCCAGCAGUGCCACAAACAGUUCAGGUCAAAGGCCGGCCUCAACUACCACACCAUGGCUGAACACAGCACCAAGCCCUCGGGGAGCGAAGGCCAGACGGACGACAAGCACAACGAGAGAGAAAGGCUGCGCCGAGUGCUCAAACAGAUGGGACGAAUCAAGUGUCCCAGUGAGGGUUGCUCAGCACACUUUUCCAGUCUGAUGGGCUUCCAGUACCACCAGAAACGCUGUGGAGGAGAGUUCUCUGACGAUGUGAAGCCUGUGUUUCUGUGCCAGCACUGUGGAAAAAACUACCGCUCCAAAGCUGGCAGAGACUACCAUGUACGUACCGAGCACUCCCCAGCUAUGGCCACCACCAUUACAGCCACCAACAGCAAGGACAACAUCACGGACACCAACAACAACACCGGGAAAGAGAGGGUUGUCUCUGAGGAAUCUCCGACAAUAGGCAAGAAGGAGCACAGCCAGGCCGAGAAGAAGGAUUGGCAAGAGAAAGCGCCAUCCGUCCAGCUUAAAGAGAAGGAAAGAGAAGCAAGGGACCAGAACAGGGAAAAGGAGAAAGGGCGGGAAAAAGAAAAAGCAGCACAGAAUCAGAGCCAGGGGGACGACUUUGAACGGACCCCCAGUGGCAGAGUGAGGCGCCGCUCGGCUCAGGUGGCCGUGUUCCAUCUGCAGGAGAUAGCAGAGGACGAGCUGGCCAAAGACUGGGGCACCAAGCGCCGCAUCAAGGAUGAUCUGGUGCCUGAUAGCAAGAGGUUAAACUACACCCGCCCUGGCCUUCCCAACUUCAGCCAAGAGAUACUAGAGACCUGGAAAACCCAAGUCAAAGAAAAGGGCUUCAUCUGCUGCACCAAUGUGAACUGUGAGGCUGUCUAUUCCAGUGUGUCAGGACUAAAAGCGCACCUCGCCAACUGCAGCCAGGGUGGUGGUGAACUGGGGAAGUACACUUGUCUGAUUUGCCAGAAGGAGUUUAGCUCAGAGAGCGGUGUGAAAUACCACAUCAGUAAGACACACGCACAGAACUGGUUUCGAGCAGCAGCCACUCAAGUGGUGUGUAGCAAGACUAAAGUGCCAGAGAACGACGGGAUAAAAGCUGAGGUGAGGAACGGUGCCACCCAGGAAAGAAAAGAGGGGACGCAAGCCCAAAGAGCGCCCCCUGCUCUCGAGCCUCUCCACAAAACUGAAGCACCUACGGCUACUCAAAACUCAGCCCCUUUUGGGCUCCAACAGUCCCCUACCCUGAUCCCCGACCCAACGGACAAUGCUAAUUCAGGCCAAAACAGACAGCCAGUCCCCUCUGCUGCCAGACGAAGCAAACCCAAGAGGCUGUCGUUUUCAGAGUAGCUCUGCUUUUGUCGACCCAGGAGCCAGAGAGGAUGCUUACUGUAAAUGUUGUGCCAGGAAGCUUAAAGACCUUUUUCAACUCCACAAGGACUUGGAAGUGAGAGGAAAGUUAAAUCCACCAUUAAGAAGUAAGACGCUUAGAAUGGACUUCAACCCUAGUUUUUAAACCCCAGAGUUAAUGUGUCUACUGUUAUAAACAAUACUUAUGUAACAGUAGUGUUCAUUGCUCCAUUCCACCUCUUUCUCCUUUAUAAGGCACACAUCUCUGUUUCUGUACUCACAGCAGGAGUGUCAGUAGUAAUCAAAGAUCUAAUCCUGACUACUUCAUGGAUAGCUUUUUUUCUAAACCGAGGUAACGUAGUAUUCCAGACAAAUGCAGAGUAAGUCUCUCUACAAGAUUCAUGUCGUGUUUGAGAGGUUUUAAAAAAGGAUAUUCUAUUAGCAUGGUGAAGUCAUUUAAUAAUAGCUAGUGUUUUCACAUUUUUUCACAGAUAUACAGUACUGUGUACAUAACAAUAUCUAUCUCUAUAUAUCUAUUUACUCAAAAACGAUGAUGCCAUCUAUCUGUUAUUUCCAAGCCUGACACGUCCGAUUGGACCAUGAGCACUCCAAACGUUUGCAGUGUGUUGCUGUAAUGCAAUUUUCUUUUGAUUUCCUUAUGUCUUUUGGAUUGAAUUUAUAUUGUGUCUUUUUUUCACUCCUCAUGUUUUGAGUAAGCAAACAUCACAUAAGCUAAAAACGAUGGUCAGUUGUAAAUCAGAUUCCACUCUGCUCUUCUUACAGCGAUGUAGCUAUAAAUUCAGUGACAUUUAUUUUAUGUUCUCUGCAUCACACGAUGAUGAAAGGUAUCUGCUUGGACAAACCAUGAAUAAGUGUUUAAGAUGUUUCCACUUCUUUUACACUGAGUAAUCGUUUGAGAUUUCCAUCUAUAAAAUAUGAGUUAUAAUAAUGCGUAAUAUGGCAUUGUUUCGUUGAUUUUAAAAGAAAAAACUUGAAGCAUUCUGUCUAAAAUCAGACUGGUGAAGUGAAAUGUUUUGACAGAAGGAUGGAUUUUGUGUGAACCUUGUUGCACCAUUGCAGCACAAUCAAAUAAUGGGACACCAUUUUAAAGAAGGCCAUUUUUUGGCUGUGGCUUUAUCUUGAAUCAAAGAGCUGAGGAGAGAAUGAAAUUAUUAUCUUUUAUAGAGAGGUCAAGGAAAAUAAUCUUUUAUUAAACAGAAAAAAUGCAAAUGAAGAUUCACAUUUAUCAAUCUAUAUGAUUUAACUCCUGGAUGCUCAAAGCUAUUACCUUGCACUUUAACCCUUAACCCCACUCUCUCCCCUCUUGUAUUUUUGCACUCCAGGGGUGUUUAACCUAACCUAGUGGCUGUCAGGCAACAGGAGCUUGAAUAUUUAACUCUGGUAAAAAAAAAUCAAACUAGAGAAAAACUACAUCUGUCUUUACAGGGGUAAUGAGCAGCAUGGUGAACUCUUAUUUUGUUUUUAGAUAUUAUCUCUAAUCCAACAGGACCGUGUAAUUAUGACUCACCGCAUUAAGCCAUAACUGGUCUUGUUGAAUUUUAACGCUGCUCUACCGCUCUAAAGCUAGUUUAGCUCCAGUUUUAAACAAAGUAUUAAUCCAAUAUUAUUUAAAGACUUUCAAAUCUAAAAAUGUGUGCAAUCAGAGAAUUUUCACUUUAACAUGUUUAAAGUAGAUCAUUGAGUUAUAUUAACAAUUUGAGCAAAUACAAUUCCAUGGGUAUAUUUGCGGUCUAUGUCCAUAAGAAAAUGACUUGCUUGCCUAAAAGAAACAGAGCUUAAAUCUAUUUUAUAUUCUCCUAUGUGUAUUACCUAGAUAGCAAUCUGAUAGCUUUGGAUAAAGUUGUGAAGUGAGGAUAAAAAGGUGCAUUAAUAAGGGUGCUUUACCUGCCACUCUACCUUAAGGACCUGAUACUUCAGUAAGUCCACUAAAUCAUUCAUCCAUUUUCUCCUCACUGGCAAGGCCUCUGAAUUUUGCACCAACAAAUGUCAAAUGUCAUCAUGUAAAUGAAGCACUGAUGUCAGCGGAACAUUUUCAAGAAACAUUGAAUUUGAAAUGUAUAUGUCCCAGUGGUGUUAUCCCUACGCUGUGACCUUUUAUAUUGUAAAGCAAAGAUUGAGGCUGAAUCCCUCCAUUAUUAAUCAACUGAUGGAGUUAAUUCAGGUAGGGAUGAUUAUGCAUGUCUGUCCCUGUUAGCGGGAUGGACCUUUUAUCUUCUAUCCAGGUUAAACUGACGGAGAGGAUAAGUUAGACAAGCACUGAUUGGUCCUCGGACCUUUUCGAUACGAGUUGCCCAGACCUUGUGUGUGUGUAUAUAUAAACAGUUAGCACCUUUGUAAUGACUGGACGUUGGAAAUGUUAACACUUUGCGUUGAGUGUUAUGCCGUGGCACAGAAUCAGUUCAUCAGCUGCUUGUUACUCGUGUCAUUAAUGUCACAUUGACUGUGUUUACCUGACAAGCUUUGGUGUUGCAAUAUGAUAGUUAGGCACUGCUUUUAACAGUGGGUAUUUUAUAUUUUAUCACACCCUUUACUAUCUGUCUUCCUAUGAUGUGGAAAACACAUAUCUAUCCCGCAGUGUGAGCUAACUGCAACAUGUUUAGAGAGUACAGCAAUACACCAUAUUUAGCUGGUUUUGUUGGCUUGCUGAUAUUUUGAUAUUGAUGUGUCUUCUCGAAAUUGUAUGGCUUUUUUCACUACUCCUCCCCUUCUUUUAUUUUUUGCUUUGAAAUGCUUUUUACAUAUUAUGAAAUCUAAAAAAAAGAGGUUGGAAAAUUUGUAGACCACAAAGGACAUUGUAGGCCUAAGUGUCGGCAUACAACUGUUAUUUUAUCCAUUUUGAUGAUGCACAUAAAUUGAGCUUUUUCAGUACAUGAUGACAAACACACUGAGAGAGUCCUUUAUUAUUACAUAUUCAAUAUGGGACAACAAGGCAUAUGUAUGUGUUUGUUUCUGUAUGUAGUGCACUUACUAUACCAUGAAAUAGGCUUGAAAUAGGAGUGUUGUUGGAGCUUUCUAGUUACCCUGACUGUGUGUGGUGUGACUUUUGUACUUGGGGAAACAGCAGGCUCAAGUGUCUUCCCUUUGUCAGCAAUGUUAAUUCUGAUAUCAAGGUUAAUCCUUAAUAAUCCCCUUAGACAGCCUGAUAAUUUUAUCCUUUUAUUUGGACAACAGAUGUUCGUUUUGUAUGCUACCUACUUCAACACGGUAUACGCCUCUGUUGAGGAGGCCAUUGUGAUGAAACUGUUGAGAGUUUAAAGAGAUGAUGUUGUAGCUCAUAACUGGUUAUGAUAUAUAAGUAACAGCUGAAAUGAGACUAAUGAUGUAUUAAAGACUUCCAUAUCUGAAAUUAAGCUGUAUAGAACUUAACAUAGGAGGCAUCGAUGCCUCCUUUGAGUCUGAACUGUUACAGUUUUUUCUCCCAAACUUGUUGUAUUACCUGUGCGUAAGUAUCCCUCAACUAAUUAAUAAAAGUUUGUUGACUAAA